AUGGUGCAGCUUUUGCUGGCGCUCGCGCUCGCGAUUCUUCUCGUCGGACCGGUGGCGGAUGCGGCGACGGCGAAAUACACGUUCACAGUACUUCUCUUUCUUUCUCCCUUCGAUCUCCAUGCAUUCGAGUUAUAUCGAUCAGUCUCAGUUCAUCUGGUGGGGAGCAUGCAAAUCAAUCAGCUAUGCAGCAGCACCAGCAUUAUUGCGGUGAACGGGCAGCUGCCGGGCCCGUCGAUAGAAGUGAACGAAGGUGAUGAUGUUGCCGUCAAAGUCGUCAACAAUUCGCCAUACAACGUAACCAUCCACUGGCAUGGUGUGCUCCAGCUCAUGACGCCGUGGGCGGACGGGCCGAGCAUGGUGACGCAGUGCCCCAUCCAGCCCAGCAGCUCCUACACGUACCGGUUCAGCGUCCCGGGGCAGGAGGGCACGCUGUGGUGGCACGCGCACUCCUCCUUCCUCCGCGCCACCGUGUACGGCGCCUUCAUCAUCCGGCCCAGGCGCGGCAACGCCUACCCCUUCCCGGCGCCGGACAAGGAGGUCCCCAUCGUGCUCGGCGAGUGGUGGAACCGCAAUGUGGUCGACGUCGAGAGCGACGCCAUCUUGGCCGGUCAGCUUCCCACCCAGUCCGACGCGUUCACAGUUAACGGCAAAACCGGCCUGCUGUACCAGUGCGCAAAUGAGACGUUCACGGCGGUGGUGGAGCCCAACACAAGGGUGCUGCUCCGGGUCGUCAACGCCGGCCUCAACUCGCACCUCUUCAUCAAGGUGGCCGGCCACAACUUCACCGUCGUCGCCGUGGACGCAGGCUACACCGCCAACCUGAACACGGACACGCUCGUGCUCGCGCCGGGCCAGACCGUGGACGCGCUCGUGACCACCAACGCCGCGCCCGGGAGCUACUACAUGGCGGUGCUGGCGCACGACACCAUGAGCCCGCUGACGUUCGCCGCGUCGGACACCACCACCGCCACCGCCAUCUUCCAGUACAACGGCACGUCCACCAACCCGCCCGCGAUGCCCACCAUGCCGUCCAGCUCUGACGCCGGGACGGCCAACGCCUUCUACUUCGGGCUGAGGGGCCUGGGCACGCCCGCGGUGCCGUCGCCGGUGGACGUGAGCAUGACCAUCGAACUGGGCCUCGGCCAGCUGCCCUGCGACGCGUCGCAAACGAGGUGCAACGGGACCGCGGCGGCGGCGGCAAUGAACGGCGUCUCGUUCCGCCUCCCGUCCCCCGAGACGUCUCUCCUGGGGGCACACGUUAACGGCGUGACGGGGGUCUUCACGGCCGACUUCCCGGACGGCCCGCCGCCGAGCGGCACGGCGAUGACGGUGGGGACCAGGUUGAAGAAGCUCAGCUACAACUCGGUGGUGGAGAUCGUGCUGCAGAACCCGGCGGCCGUCCCGACGGAGAACCACCCGAUCCACCUCCACGGCUUCAACUUCUUCGUGCUGGCGCAGGGGAUGGGCAGCUUCACCCCGGGCAGCGUGGCCUACAACCUGGUGGACCCGGUGGCCCGCAACACCAUCGCCGUGGCCGGCGGUGGCUGGGCCGUCAUCCGGUUCGUCGCGAACAAUCCAGGCAUGUGGUUCUUUCACUGCCACCUGGACCCGCACGUGCCCAUGGGCCUGGGCAUGGUGUUUCAGGUGGAGAGCGGGACGACGCCCGGCUCGACGCUCCCUACGCCGCCGGGGGAUUGGGUGGGAGUAUGCGACGAGCAGCACUACGCGGCCGCGGCGGUGGCGUUCAGGUACUUUCUCCGCGGCGCCAGGGCAGGGCAGUCUCCCUAUUUGCUGUCCAAACGAGUCCCUGAAAACGUGCCCUGCCAGGCGUUCAGGUACUUUCUCCGCGGCGCCAGGGCAGAGCAGUACGAGCUGCUGACGGACUUGCCGGGGUACCCGGACAACGUGAGGCGGGACGGCAAGGGUGGCUAUUGGGUGGCGCUGAACCAGGAGAAGCAGCGGCUGGAUGCGACGCCGGCGACGGCUCCCGUGAAGCACCUGGUGGGCGUCCGCCUGAACGCUGACGGGGUGGAAGUCGAGGAGCUCACGGCGGCCAAGGGCGUCACGCUGAGCGACGUGGCGGAGAUAAAGGGGAAGCUGUGGUUAGGCCCCGUGGAGCUCGAGUACGUCGGUCUGGUUGCUUGA